UCAAAGCAUGAAGGUAAAAAACCUUCUGUGUGCAGCAUCCCCCCAGCCCCCCUUAAUAUUCACCUAAGCCCCCUCUCGAUCCAGCAAUGUGCACUGGAGACUCUGCUAUCCCCAGUCUUCUCAUUGGCUGAGACAGAAGCAGGAGCCAUUGCCAGUGAGCCAAUGAGAAGAGGGAGGGCAGGGCUGAGCUGUGGCUCUGUGUGCGAAUGGACACACGGAGCAGCAGGUGCCCCCAUAGUAAGCUGCUUGCUGUGGAGGCACCCGACAGGAGGGAGGGGCCAGGAGAGCCUGGGGGGACCUGAGAAGAGGAGAAUCCAGGCUGCUCUGUGCAAAACCACUACAAACAGCAGGUAAGUAUAAACAU